AUGUCAACCGGAGCAUUUACUGAGGCCGAUAGCCUUAUGGCAAGUGCAAAAAAACAUCUUAAAACUGGUUUGUUUAAACGCAAACCCGAUUGGGGCUCUGCAGCGGACGACUACGAGAGAGCUGGUGGGCUCUACGUAAGUGAUGGGAAUGUGGAGAAGGCAUGUGAAGCAUAUAAUAGCGCGUGUGAAGCAUAUGAAAAGGUGGGUAGCCUUGUGUCAGCAUCACUUAUAAAAUCCAAACUUGCUCAGUUCCUCGCUGAGCAGGCCCGGAAAGGAUGUGGUGGGAAGAGUUUAGACAAAAAACUGAUGGAUAGCGCCGUGGAAUCCUAUCGUGGAGCCGCCAGGUAUUAUGCAUUAGAUGGAAAGUUUGACAGGAUGGCAGAGACACUCGUUAAGGCGGCGGAAUUAAUUGACCCGACAACACACUGUGCUUUCGCCUCUCCCCUCGCUGCAAAGUCAAAUGUGGAAGGAGACCGGGAAAAAGUGAAGCAAGUGUGUGCACUUCUGGAGGAAGCAGCAGAUGCAAUAGAGGAGAAUGAGGACAAUAACAACAGCUACAUCAUUCGUCUACCUGAUAUAUAUCGUAAGUGGAUGCUUGCCUGUUUGCGUAGUGGUGAUGUGCUAAGAGCAAUUGCUGUACUAGAGCGUCAGCUUGGUAUCACGAAUGGUUCAGGCGAUGGCACCAGCAAAAUAAAGGGAAAAUGUGCAGGGGGGUUUUAUGCGAGACUUAAUCAACCACACAAUGUGGCUAAAACGGGGCUCGAAAUUAUUGUGCUGUGUUUGUCACUUGGGGACCUCGUACUGGCACGCAUGAAGCUGGAUGGGCUGCGCGGCAUUUCUGGAUUUGCAAACACAAAGGAAGAAUCAACCGUGCGAUCGCUUCUCGAAGCAUUUGGUGAGCGUGACACAGAAAUGCUACAAGAAACAUUGAAAGAUUCAACUCUGAUGUUCAUCACGAAUGACAUCUCGAGGAUGGCAAAAAAAUUAGUGAUUAGGUCCACCGAAGCAAAGCCGGACACAUGUGAAGGAGGUGAGGUUAUUGACGGUGAGGAAGACUUGCGAUAA